CGUUAUCGUUAUCCGGAUGAUUAGCCGGUCCGCACCCAAAGGGGUCCCGCUAACAUUUUUCCCUACGCGGAACCUCAAUGCACCAGAGGUCGCAUACCAGGCCAUUUGACAUUUCCUCGAAAUUAUUGUACACAAUAUCAUCUACGCCCUCGCCAUCGGCACAACAAUGAGAUCGUUAGGCGAGAGAUUAGUCAACCUCCGCACGAAGGUUAUGAACCUUCGAUGCGGCCCGGGCGCUGCUAUCUUCCCCGAAGAAGUCACAAGAAUACACAUGGACUUUUCCAAUAAGACACAGGGUGGUAACAUGGGAGCCAAGAAAUUCUGGCGCGAAUGCCUUCCUCGACUUAAGUUUCACAACCCAGCAACCCCGAUGAUUGUGAACCGACACCCACAAGAAACCGUCUCCCCCCUCCUGUCGAUAUACCUGCGCAACUCUACGCCUGCGACUACACUUGGGCCCCUCGUUCAGCCAGCCUCGUCCCGCGACGGAAUUUCAAAAGCAGCUCAGCCUUCUCCGCAUGAGCGUGUUGUCACUAUUGACAUGAAGGACAAGCAUUCAUCUCAGAUCCUCGAACAGUUACUAGCAGAAACCCGUGCGGUAGCCGUUGAACCCACAGCAGAGGACAGUGCUGAACUACAAGCGCUUGAGCGUGGAAAGAAACGGUCUGAGAAGGAUCGCGCACGCGUGCAGACUCUGAAGGAUGCCAAGCAGAGAGAAGAGGAAAUGCUGAAGAGAGCCAGAGCUGCCGGCGGAAUCGUAGAAGAUGCGGCUUAAGAUGUACAUCUAUCGAUGUACUUGUACAACAGAAAUUCAUUCAUAUCCAAGGUUUAAAAGGUUGUGUAAAUAUAUUAACGCUGUAGCAUAAUUGAACAACAUACAAAUACAAGUUAGAUCGUGCCAUCAGAGUGCAUUUCGAAACACAAACGGGUAUCAUUCAUUACUAUUAUUCGGCAAACAUAGGCCUCAUUCCGUAGCAUCGUGCUAUACGGGCUAAGUUGAUCUUUGACUGAAGUUAAAAGGGAAAGGAAGUUGCGUUACUUCAAUCCAAAGCCCUCGCUUUCGUGCACAGCUCGCCAGACCAUGUAUUCAAGCUUUUCCUUUGAGUCGUAGCGCCAGAGGGAAAGUUGGUUAAAACAGGUUCUUGCAAUCGGAAAUCGGUCUUGAUUGUCUCCGAGGCAUGAUAUCUUGAUGGACAAUGCAGAUGCACCGGUAGCUGGUAGACGAUCGCUGCCUGUUACAAAGAGGAGCAAACGUCGCUGAUCGUUGGGUCCAGCUUGUUGUAAAGACUCCCAAAACCAGUCAAUGACAGGCUCAGAGCCAUCCGGCUGCUUCGUACCCCAAUUAUCAUAGACUGCGACUGCCCUUAGAGCGGCUACAUCAAGGGGUUCAUCAGAGCCUCGGACUAGUAGCUCAAUCUCCUCAGGCCGAAAAAGAGAGAACGCAUUUCCACCACAGACGGUAUAAAAGCCACGUUUGAAAGCCUCAUAUUGCCGAUGAACGGAUGUUUCCAACACAUACCGGACGUAGAGGUCAACAUACUCUCGUCGGUUAGAGUUGGUAACAGGCUUUUUAUCGCCGCCAGCGCAAAGUGGAAUGGGGAUCUUGUAGCCAUAUUUAUCCGUCUCUAUAACGAAGUCAAGCGAAAAUACGCUCUCAACGUCUCCGUUAUAGUCCAGCAACUGCUGUAGCCCUCUUGCAACUCUGGGUUGAUAUUCAGCCAAGUGUUCCAGUGUAUACUUCAUAUUCCGCGCGGCUUGGCUCAAUUGAACGCCACUGUAAAGUGGUGCCGAUGUAAGCAGCUUGCGAAACGUAAAUGGAGGUAAUGGGACAUCCAAAAUCGUACUGUUAUAAAUAGCCAGGCCAACCACAACGCCAACAAGGAAGAACUGGUCUGACGUUUCAAAGGUGUUGGGGUUGAAGUAGCAGUACUUGGAAUCUUCAUCAUACAAAAACAGGCCUAAAUAGAGUAAGUAAGCGGCCAUGAAUGUCCAUCGUGCAUAUAUAUGGCUUACCGUGGUCUGGAUGGAAUACUUCUCUCACUAAGAGCAGAAACCACUCUUUUCGCAGGCCUCCUCCAUCAAUACCAUCUUCACCAACGAACGUAAUACGUAGGCCUUUUUUGAGAUCAUCACUACCACUUCCAAGCACUUGGCUAACGGCGCCAAGGCUAUCUUCAACCAGACAAUCCCGACGAACAUCCAAUAACAGAUACUGAUUUACAUUUUUGUUGCUCAAAAUGUUAUCAAGAAGUGCGUCUCGAGCUUUCAACUGCAUCUGUCGUCGAGUUUCGUGCCCCAAAAUUUGAAUUUUUGCCCAAAUGCUCAUUAAGAAUGGAUACUGGCAAAAGGAAAACGAGCUUUUCUUCGUUUCCCAGGCCUCAAAAUCUGCAUGGAGGUCAACAUAAUCUACCAUUGAAACAUAGAAAUCGCUGGCUGGAAGGCCCCGUCGUUUUCUCGAAGAAGCUCGAUGGUGUGUGUUCUCAUUGGCUGCAAAUAUGAUAGCCAGAACUUUUGCUGCUGCAUUAACUUGCCAAUCUUCAGCGUAAGUAAUCAGCUUUGUCUGUGUUUGGGUUUUCUUUGUCGGGCGUAGCACACUAAGUUCGUCGUGAAUAUAAUUCCCAUUACGUCCAAUCUGCAUUUCUGGGACAAGGUCGCCCGUGAAGUCAACCUUGCCUGGCUUAAGGUUCUGUUUCUUUUCCUGGUGUCGCAGCAGCCUAUACGUUAGAAAGCUAGACGUAAAGUCUUUGAUUCUAACAAAACGGUGCCAUUCACACCUGCUUAGCCAGGACGUAAGGCGUUGGUGGCAUUCUGGUGGUGAGUUGGAUAUGAGACCAAUUAUACGCUUGAUUAUUCCGGAGUGCUGGCCGGAAAGGGGUCCGGACGAUGCAGUUUCUCUAUUGCUGCUUUCCUUCCCAGGCAGAGGUCUUUUGUCUCCUGAGGCAUUACGAAACUUAUGAUUCGAGUGCAGCAGAGGGUUCUCAAGAAGAAUGAUCAAGAAAUGCAUAUCCUCCGGAUGUCUGAGGGGUUUUCCUGGACGCUUCAGGAGGUUCUCAGUCCACUUCAAAAGACAACCUUGUACAUGUUCUUGAGCAACUAAAAUAUCCCUCUCCAGAACCGCGACCUGAUGGUCCGACGGCGGCGAGAAGCCGGGGAGGUUUGAGACUUCCUCAAAGGCAGAAACCCAUGUUGCCCCAGCUUUGGUCACCAUGGAAUACCAUUCAGCCAAGUUUUCCCAAUGGACUUCAUGAAACCGAGAGGUCUUCUUUAACGGUGGUGAACUCCUCUCAUCCGUGGCAGUAUCGCGGUUCUGCUCCUGCCAAGCUCUCUCACCGUCAUUUAUCCACCACAUGCUAUUUUCUGCAACGUCACCUAACAUUAGCAGCCUGGGAUCAAGAUCAGAGAAAUGUACGUCUUGAGAUUGCGGCUGGCCAGUGCCUUUGUUGUCAGUUGUCCUUUGAGUGCUACUAGUCGUUACGGGUUUCCGUGGUAUAGCAAACUGGCCGUUGGUCGAAACAGAGGCUGGCCCCGGAGUUCCUUGUCUGCGAAAGGAGGCAUUGAGAGUAUCUAUAGUUCGAGAACUAGCAAUGAUAUAGUCCUCGAGCUCUUUAAAAAUACGCUUUGGCUCAAUUUUAAGAGCACAAUCUCCAACGCCGAGUCUUUGAUGGUAAAGUUGCGGGCGUUGGUCGUGGGAUGAUGAAUAUGAGCGGCUUGACAACGUAUUUGGUCUUGGUUCAUCCAACUGCAAACUCGAGAGAUCCUGGAACUGAAAGUUGAAUUGCGCUAGAUGAUUCGGUGGUAGCUGUGCGGAGCCCGCGUCUCGUUGCGGCCCUACAUUAAAUUUUUGGACCAUGUAGGAAUGAAGGCAGUUUUUGAUGAUACGCUUCGUUUGCUGCAAAGAUAUCGCCACUGGGGCAUAACUCUGAUUCUCACUUCCUUGGCGUUGGUUAUUUUGUCUCGGGGAAAGAUCGUUAACUGUCAAGCAAAUCGUGCAUUUGAAGAUAUCUAGGUUUCUGGGCCAUCGGACUAAAGAGUUGCAUGUCAUACAAUGUCCAGAAACAAAGUCUUUGUUAUUAUUGCUUGACGUCUGCCCAGCAGUUGUCCUUUUUAUUUCCAUUGGCCGCUUAGAUUGGUUCGAAGGUCCAGCUUCUACGCCAAUACCGGCAGCAGAGUUUUGCCUGGGUUUUGACCUAUCAAACUGAGUCGGUAUUGGGUUGCUGAUUGACCUUCGAUGAAGUGUGCGAGAAUCGACACCAGUCAAGGCAGGUAAUCGGUUGCUUCCGCGGGUCCCAUCUGUACUCGUUCGCCCGUAGCCAUCGUCUCGGGCGACGACCAACGCAUCGUCAGCCCCGGGCCUCAUCAGUCCUUUGCCACCUCUGGGCGAUAACCAGGAUGGCAUGGUUAGGGAUUAAUGGCGGGAUUGCUGUAUUCCAAGCCUUUCCCCCUGACCCUGCUAGCAAGGUCAGGAAACGCCCACGACAGGAAGAUAUCAAGCGAGUAUGGAGGGCCAGGAUGCCCUUAUUGUGGCGCAAGGGUUACGAAGCGCGCAUCGGCUGUAGAAUAACCAAUAACGGCAAACAACGAUAGGCUGUAAAGUAUUCGAGUGACGUAAUGGACUGUGUGAGACCAGUAGAUUAUAUGAUAUGAUGCAGCCGCUUUGUAGGCGCAGCGGUAAUGUUUGGACGGC